AUGUGCUUCUACACCCCUACCCCCAGAAAGCCCCCCAACGGCAACUCCAGCACAACCCGCUCCUCCAAACGCUCCCAUGCCACCUCCUCCACCCGCUCCUCCCCGCAAAUCCACAUCCACUCCCCCCUCCCUCACCCCACCACCUCUCCCCUCCCCGCACACCUCUACACCCGUCCCACCGCGCCAACAUGGACGUUCCCCGCCCCCACCACCACCGCCACCGCUACUCCCCAGCCGAAUGAGGGCGGAUGGGCGAAUAUAUACCUUCCCCCCACCACCACUCCGGCCUUGCAGGAGACGGGGAGGAGGAGGUCUUCAGUGCUGGUUGCGGAGAUUGAAGCGAUUAGGAGGUUGGCGAGGCGGGUGGGGGAUGCGGCGAGGAGGGGGAGUACGUCGAGUUUUCGACGCGAGAGGAGGGGGUCCACGUCAUCUUUGAGGAGGGAGAAGGAAAGGGAGAAGGAAAGGGAGAAGGAGAGGGAAAAGGAGAGGGAGAAGGAAAGAGAGAAGGAGAAGGAUAGGGAGCGCGAUAGAGAGCGCGAGAGAGAAAGAGAAAGAGCAAGAGAGGACGCUAGGAGAGGAGAGAAAGUGAUAGACGAAGAAGCAAGAAGACUAGCCCUAAGGAACGGAGAAGCAGUCCGCGAGCUAGUCCACGAGCGCGACCGCGAAACUCGCCGUCUCGGCGCCAGCACUUCCAACGGCCUCGGCUUCCUCAAUAACCACAACAACAACAACGGCGGCGGCGGGGGACCUUACCAAGACGCCUCAUACCGCCAAAGCACACCCUACAUUCAAUGGAGCGGCUCUCACCACCACGGCGGCGGAGGAGGAGGGGGGUCUCUGAACGGACUCCCCGGCCGCGGAGGCAGCUUCGAAGUCCCUCACCAGGGCCAGGGAAGUAAUCAUAUACACGUUCAUACGGCGCCGUUGGUGCAGGGACCGUCGAUUAGUACGCCGUCGCUUGGUGGGGGGUAUGCGGCUGCGGGGAUGGGGGAGGGGGGACACUAG